GCUCGUGCUGCGUGUUGAUUGGCCGCACCUCCCAUUUUUCACUUACGCCACACUUACAUUCGCCCUUGGAUUAUCAACGCCUUUCUAUACCCACAUCAUCACCUGACUACCAUAACCCAGACUCACAACACCACAUCCCCAUCCCCACACUCCAGCACCAUCCGCCCUCAAAUUCGAAUCCAGCACCUCCACCCCCCCAGCCAACAUUCCCCGUCCGCUCACCAGAGCGCUAGAAGAGAUGGCAAGAGGCGGCCGCGGCGGCGGUUCACGCAACCCAGCAAACCAGCCGCGCGAAGUCCAGGUCUCACGGAAAGUCAGCUGGCUGCUGCGUCACGGCGCGAGCGCGGAGGGCCUGGCGCUGGGCGCGGGCGGGUACGCAAGCGUGGCGGCCGCGCUCAACACGCGUGCGCUGCGGAGUCUGAACAUCACAUUUGACGAGCUCAAGGCCGUCGUGGCCAACAACGACAAGCAACGCUUCAGCAUGAUUCCCGUGUCGUCUCCGGACGCAGGCGCGGCAUCGGACGGGGCGGACGCGGACGCACCAGCCGCGCGUGAAGCAUCGCAACCGCACUCGGACGACCCCGCCGACUACGUGAUCCGCGCGAACCAGGGCCACUCGCUGCAAGUCGACACCGAAGGCCUGCUCACGCCGAUUACCAGGGAUGCAGGCAAUCUGCCCGCCACCGUCGUCCACGGUACGGACGAGCGCGCGUGGCCCCUCAUCCUCCAAGGCGGCGGCCUGCGCCGCAUGACCAGGACGCACAUCCACUUCGCGACCGGACUGCCCGCGGGCUUCAGGACGGCCGCCUCGUCUGACCAAGGCCCCGGCGAAGGUCCCGGCGAAGGUCCCGGCGAAGCAGCACGCGCACCCACGGGCGAGCAAGCGCGGGUAAUCUCAGGCAUGCGCAGCUCAUCGACGGUGCUGAUCUACAUCGACAUAGCAGCCGCGCUGGACGCGGGGCUCGCCUUCUUCCUGUCCGAGAACGGUGUGGUUCUGUGCGCGGGCAACGAGGCGGGCGUGAUGCCGCUCGAGUUCUUUGCGCGCGUCGAGCGGAGGGACGGGGGCGUGCUGAUGCGCGAUGGCAGGGUGCCGGAGGGCGUUGUUGUCGAUGUUGAGGCGUGGGAGAGGGAGGUGGGGAGUCUUGGGAGGCGGGGCGGGAAGGGAGGGCGAGGGGGGAGAGGGGGGAGAGGAAGAGGGAAGCCGAGGGCGGCUGAUGACUCGAGGGAUGUGAUGGCUGGGGCGGAGUAGGCGGCAGAUACAGAAUUGGCGCUGCGUCGGCAUAUGGAGGUGCAGCGAUUUCUCAAUGUCUACACGUCUGCUUCCAUCACGGU